UACAUUCAGUUGUAGCAGCAACAGCAGAGGUGCAAACAUGACAACUGAAACAGACUCGGGUCCGGCUGUUCCACCAUGUCUUGAGAGCUGUACGGCACCAGAAGAAGGAAAAGACUACAUCAUGUACCAUGGCACUUCCAUUAAAGCUGCCAUGAACAUUUUUUCAGAGGGUUUCCUUCAGUCCGAAGAUGGCAUGCUUGGAUGUGGCGUCUACCUCAGCCGGGACCUGCAGAAGGCUUCCAGAUACCCUCUGGAUCUGCCUGAGAAAGAGAGAGUGGUUCUGAAAGUGAAGGUUAAUGUUGGGAGAGUGAAGAUUGUUGAUCACCAAGAUCAUACCCUGAAGAAAACCUGGCAUGAUCAUGGGUACGACACUGCCUGGUGCCCUCCAAACUGUGGCAUGGUGUCCAGCGGUCUUGAAGAAGACUGUGUUUGGGAUCCGAAACAAAUCACAGUCGUCGAUAUGAUUCUUUCAAAGGAGUUGGAUCAGACUUGUGUCAUCCUCUAAGCUGUUAAAUCCUGUUGAAAAUAAAACAAGAUAGUGCUAUGAAAUUAAAAUGUAUGUUCUGAUCCCUAGACACAUAAAUGAAUAUGAUUAAUGUAGUUUGAACAUGUUUAUUUGACCCUUUCUGUAUUUAAAAGUUACUCAGAUUUUAAAAUGUCAUUCACUCUUAAUAAAAAAAAACACUACAGUUACAACAUGAACAUGUGUUUAAAUACAAAUCCACCCAUACUUAUCAGGAUAAGUUAACCAAUAACAGGAGCCAGCAUAAACCUUUAUCUUCUGGACUGUGAACUUCUGAACUUUUGUUCUGUUUUAAAUAUAGAUACUUAAACUUUUCUAUUGUACUGAAAAAUUUUAUAAAACCCAAUUUAAAUGUAC